CGAGUUCCACCCUCGGCUACUGCUCAGCCGUCCACGCGACCCGGACACGUCGCUUGAAUCUCACGCGCGAAUAUCGGCAUAGCAAACAGGUAACGCUCCUGCCAAAGGAGCACGCCAAUCUUCAAGGUUCGAAGAACAUACGAUUCUGCAGCAAUGGCCACCGCUCGCAAGCGGCCUCGGCCAGAGGAGUCCACCGAGAAUGUGGCCGAGUGCCCGUUCACCGUCAUACAUCCGGAUCCCAAUGAGAAGGAGAAGAAGACAAAGCGGCGCCGUGGCGGUUCAGAGGAUCGGCCCGCGCCUCCGCCAAAAAUUCACCUCCAGGUCUCGCCAUUCUCUCCGAUCGGCAAGUUCAACGCCAAGGACAACACCAUGGACCGCCACUACCAGAUCGCUCCGUUUGCCAAGUGGAUGGACAUGACCAGAUAUAACAGCUUCGUUUUGAAUGGUGUCAAGUACCACAGUGAAGGCUUCGUCCUCGUGGCCAACGACAACACUAUUGAGCGCCAGAAGAACCCCGGCGAGUCCCGUCAACCUAGACAGAAGUCGGAUGACGACUGGGUCGCAAGGAUUCUCGAAAUUCGCGCCGCGGACGAGCAUCACGUGUAUGCGCGCGUCUACUGGAUGUACUGGCCUGACGAGCUGCCGGCAGGCACGACAGAAGGAAAGCGAGUCAUCAAGGGUAGACAGCCGUACCACGGCAACAACGAGCUCAUCGCUUCCAAUCACAUGGAUGUCAUCAACGUCACCAGUGUCACGGCAAGCGCUACUGUUCAUCAGUGGGUCGAGACGAAUGAAGAUGAAUUACAGCCGGCUCUAUACUGGCGCCAAGCUUUUGACGUGCGAAGCAUGGACCUCUCGUCUGCUGAAGAACAUUGCCGCUGCAACCGUCCCGAAAACCCCGACAAGAAACUCACUUGCUGUACCAACGAGGAGUGCGGCAAGUGGCUGCACCACGAUUGCCUGGUCCACGAAGCUCUACUCCGCACUUUCGCACGCCUCGGAACCAACAAGCCUCUCAAGCCGACGCCCGUCAAGGACGAGCAAGAUAACGAGACUGGCCGCCUGCCUCUGUCGCCCAGCGAGUUCGGAGCAGCACCAACGGCCGAGCCCUCUAUUGAUGUGAAGCCCGAGGAGCAGAACACUGUUAAGAUGGCUGAUGUCGAAAACGUGCUUCCCAUUAUUAAGGCAAAACCAUACGAGGGUUAUUUCUCUGCCAUCAUUAGAAGUGACGUCAGUCCGCUAGUUGUCGAGAUUACUGAUCUGCGGGAAGAAGUGACCGGUGGUCUCAAGGAGUGGACGGAGCCUCUGGACUGCCUUGUUUGUGGUCAGCAAAUCCACUAAACCAGGAAACUCUAGCAUCUGUUGGCAGAGUUUUGCUGGAGGCAUAGACGACAAGGACGAUAAAGGUCUGUGGACCAGCCGAUCGGUAGACGAGAUCUCGCGGGCUCGCCCAGUUUUCGAGGCAAGAAGGAAGCCGACCGGACCUAGGUUACCUAGAGACCCU